AUGGGUGGCGGUGGACUGGGCGGCGGCGGAAUGGGCGGCAGCGGAAUGGGCAGCGGCGGAAUGGGCGGCGGCAGAAUGGGCGGUGGCGGAAUGGGUGGCGGCGGAAUGGGCGGCGGCGGAAUGGGCGGCGGCAUGGGCGGACCUGGGUCGUCUGCUCCUGGAUCACAAGGAGCCAUGGGUCCUGGGGGAAACAUGGGCGGCGGCGGCAUGGGUGGCGGCGGAAUGGGCGGAGGCGGAAUGGGCGGUGGCGGAAUGGGAGGAGGCGGAAUGGGCGACGGAGGCAUGGGCGGUGGAGGAAUGGGCGGGUCAGGGUGGUUUGCUCCAGGGUCGCAGGCAGCACCCGGCCAGGGUGGACCUGGGAUGGGCGGAGGGAUGGGCGGAGGGAUGGGCGGAGGGAUGGGGGGAGGAAUGGGCGGAGGGAUGGGGGGAGGGAUGGGCGGAGGGAUGGGCGGAGGGAUGGGCGGAGGGAUGGGCGGAGGGAUGGGUGGAGGGAUGGGCGGACCGGCUGGGAUGGGGAGUGGACCAAUCCACAUUGCACCUUUCCUUGUCUUGUGUGGAGAGAAGUUGCAACCUGGAGAUUAG